GCUGGGCCUGUCCGGGCGGCGGCUGCGCGGGUGGCGACGGAGGCGUCCUCGGCGGCGCUCCGAUGGCCUCCGCCAGCAUCGACAUCGAGGACGCGACUCAGCACCUGCGGGACAUCCUCAAGCUGGACCGGCCGGGCGGUUCAGUGAAUGAAAGCCAGAGACCACCCAGUUCAUACAAUGGAGACCUAAAUGGUUUGCUGGUUCCCGAUCCCAUAUCAGGUGGAGAUGGAGCUUCUUUGGCCAAGCCGGUGCCUCAGACGGUUCCCUUGGGAACACUGCAAGAAAAGCAAGUCAUCUGCCUUUCUGGCGAUGACAGUUCCACCUGUAUGGUGAUAACGGCUAAAGAUGUUGAGAUAGUAGCCAGCAGCGACUCCAGCAUCACCAGCAAAGCUAGAGGGAGCAACAAGGUUAAAAUCCAGCCGGUAGCCAGGUAUGAUUGGGAGCAGAAAUAUUACUACGGCAACCUGAUCGCUGUGUCAAAUGCCUACCUGGCAUACGCCAUUAGAGUCGCCAGCAACGGCUCUGCCAUGGUGCGGGUCCUGAGCAUCAGCACGGCCGAGCGGACCCUGCUGAAGGGCUUCACGGGUGGCAUAGCGGACCUGGCUUUUGCCCACCUGAACUCCAACCAGCUGGCCUGCCUGGAUGAAGCUGGCAACCUCUUUGUCUGGCGCCUGGCCAUGGAGAACGGAAAAAUCCAAGAGGAGAUCUUGGUGAACAUCAAGCGACCUGACGGGACUCCUCUGAACAGCUUCCGGAGGAUCAUAUGGUGUCCCUUCAUCCCAGAUGAGAACGAGGAGACUUGCGAGGAAGGCAGCCAGACUCUGGCACUGUUGCACGAGGACAGGGCAGAGGUUUGGGACCUUGAUAUAAUUCGAGCCAACCACAGUUCAUGGCCCGUGGAAGUGACCAGCAUCAAAGAGGGCUUCAUCGUCGUGAAAGGACACAGCACGCGCCUGAGCGAAGGAGCCCUUUCCCCUGAUGGAGCCGUCUUGGCCACAGCGAGCCACGAUGGAUAUGUCAAAUUCUGGCAGAUCUACAUAGAAGGGCAGGAUGAACCAAGGUGCCUUCACGAGUGGAAGCCCCACGACAGCAGGCCCCUCUCCUGUUUGCUGUUCUGCGACAAUCACAAAAAACAAGAUCCAGAAGUUCCUUUCUGGAGGUUUCUCAUCACAGGAGCAGAUCAGAACCGAGAGCUGAAAAUGUGGUGCACCGUAUCCUGGACCUGUCUGCAGACUGUCCGAUUUUCACCGGAUAUAUUCAGCUCCAUGAGCGUCCUUCCCAGCCUCAAGGCCUGCCUGGACCUCUCAGCCGAGUACCUGAUCUUGAGUGACGUGCAGCGAAAGGUCUUGUACGUGAUGGAGCUGGUGCAGAACCUGGAGGAAGGGAAAGCUUAUUUCAGCUCCAUCUCAGAGUUCCUGUUGACUCACCCGGUCCUGAGCUUCGGCAUCCAGGUGGUCAGCCGCUGCCGGCUGAGACACACGGAGGUCCUCCCAGCCGAAGAGGAGAGCGAUGGCCUCACUGCAGAAGGCACUCAGGGAACUGGAACUGUUGAAUCCGCUGCCGGGGUGCUGAUCAAGCUCUUCUGCGUCCACACCAAGGCCCUUCAGGAUGUGCAGAUCAGAUUUCAGCCUCUACACAGUCCAGACACAGCUGCUCCAAUCCCUCCCCAUGGUUCCCAUGAAGAUUUUGCGUUUCCAGAUCACUUGGCUGACUUGGGCACGGAAGGGCUGGGAUCCGAGAAGGGGUCCAUGCACGGCUCGCAGCCCGACAUACGCCGCAUUUCGGAACUGUCCGUCCCGGUGGACUUCCUCUCCCCGUCAAGUGAUAUGAAGCCCAAGCUGAUGACUCCUGAUGCGUUCAUGACUCCUAGUACAUCUUUGCAACAGAUCACAGUGUCGCCUGGAAGCAGCAUUAGUUCCCUUACGGCUGUCACUGCCCUGAGCUCUUCUUCGGUCAACGAUCCAUCCAUUUCUAGGCCGGCUGAAGAAGUGUCCUUGAGCCCAAAGUUGCAGCUUGACACCAGCCUCACGCUGAGCAGCAGCACUGGAAGUCUGCAGACGAGUCCAAGGAACCAUUCGGUCCUCCUCCCCGGCCUCCCUGACAAACUGACCCCAAAGGCCCCAGUUCCGGUUUCCCCAGCGAACCCUCCACUCGUGCUGGAGAGGCAGGAUGUGGAGCCCCUGACUGUGCCUCAGUCUUCCCCCACCCGCGAACGCUCGCCGGACGUCAUUUCCUCAGCAUCCACCGCCAUGUCCCAGGACAUCCCGGAGAUCGCCUCAGAGACCUUGCAGCGCAGCUUCGGUGUGGCCCCGUCUGGGCUGCCCACAGAAGGCCUGGAGUCCAACCACCAUGCCGACAGCAUGGCUUCUGCAGCCUCGGCCCUGCACUUGCUGUCUCCGCGGAACCGGCACAGCUCGGAGCACAGCCACCACUCCCUGGACGUGGCCUCUGCCGAAGUGGACAUGCUAAGUGCGCCCUCCCUACUAGAGACUGCCUUACCUCAGGAAAACGCCGCUUCUGAUGCCAGCGUGAGCCAGCCGUGGCCAGCUGCCCCCGACAUCACCAGGGAGACCAGGAACAGCAUGGCUGACAGCCCCAGGAAUGAAGUAGAGGAGAAACACAAGAGCUCAUAUCACAGGCACAGUUACCACCUGCUUCAACACGACAGCCAGGACGCCAGUGCCGAGCAAAGCGAUCAUGACGAUGAAGUGGCAAGCUUGGCUUCUUCGUCGGUUGGGUUCGGUGCCAAAGCAGCUGCCCAGAGGCACCCCGUGAAGGACUGGAAAUCCAAGGGGUCCCCACGAGCCUCUCCAAAGCUAAAGCGGAAAGGAAAGAAAGAGGACGGUUCCAGGGAUAUGAACCAGUCCCCAAGAUCCUUCAAUCAUCAGGUGGCUCCCGAGUACCAGGACGAGUUGAUGUGUCUGCUGAGGAGCCAGCAGAGGGAGAUCGCCGACCUGCGGCAGAACCAGAUGGAGCUGAUGCAGCGGCUCACGGACCACCUGGAUGCCGUGCAGAGCUCCCUCAUGGGCCACAUAGAGCGGGUGAUCGACUCACAGCAGGAGCAGGAGCAGCGGAGGCUGGACCAGGUCCUCGCUGAGGGACAGCAGCGCAACGGGCAGCUGCAGGAGCACCUGUCCCAGCAGCUUUCCCAGUCCCUCUCCGCGGCUGCCUGCAAUCGCCUGGAGAGGACCAUCCGUGAGGAGAUGAAGAAGACCGUGCCCCCCUGUAUUUCCAAGACCCUGGACCCCAUCACCGGGCAGCUGAGUAACACCAUUUCAGCCAAGCUAACAGCCAUUGAAGGAACUCUGAAGGAGAAUGUCAUCAAGAUGGUGAAAUCCAAGAACCUGACAGAUGCCAUUGCUCGAGCAACCGCCGAUGCCCUGCAGGGCCCGAUGCAGUUGGCGUACCGGGAGGCAUUCCAGAGCGUGGUGCUGCCUGCUUUCGAGAAGAGCUGUCAGUCCAUGUUCCAGCAGAUCAACGACACCUUCAAGCAAGGCACGCAAGAAUAUAUUCAGCAGCUGGAGACACACAUGAAGAAUAAGAAGGCCCGCGAACAGGACGCCCGGGAUUCUCUGCUGGGCCAGCUGCAGCAGCUGGUCAACUCCUUCCAGAGCACGACCGACCAGCUGGCGUCCACCAUUGCGUCCAGCGUCCACUCGGAGGUGCAGCAUCAGCUUCACAUCCUCGUGGGCAACAUGCAGGACUCCAUCCUGGCCCAGGUGCAGCGAGUGAUCAAGGGGGAGGUGAGCACAGCCAUGAAGGAGCAGCAGGCCGCCGUCACCUCCAGCAUCAUGCAAGCGAUGCGCUCAGCGGCCGGCACCCCCAUCCCCGCCGCUCACCUCGACUUCCAGUCCCAGCAGGCUCACGUGCUGCAGCUCUUGCAACAGGGGCACCUGAAUCAAGCCUUCCAGCAGGCCCUCACCGCAGCCGACCUGAACUUGGUCCUCUAUGUCUGCGAGACCGUCGACCCCCAGCAAGUGUUUGGGCAGCACCCGUGCCCCCUCUCCCAGCCUGUCCUCCUCUCCCUCAUUCAGCAGCUCUCCUCGGACUUGGGAGCCCGGACGGAACUGAAGCUGAAUUACCUGGAGGAGGCGGUGAUGCACUUAGACCACAGUGACCCCAUCACCCGUGACCACAUGGGCUCGGUGAUGAACCAGGUGCGGCAGAAGCUCUUCCAGUUCCUGCAGGCCGAACCUCACAACAGCCUGAGCAAGCCCGCCCGGCGCCUCAUGAUCAUGCUUCAAGGCCUGGCCACGCCCAGCAUGUCCUAACGGGGCCGGUCCAACCUCUUGCACAAGGGUGCCCGCAGUUGCUAACCAAACUU